UCCAAUCCUUACUCAAAGCAGAAAGUUAGACCCAAACUACUCUCCCUUCUUUCUAAUUUGUUAAUAUAUUACGUUCACUUGUUCUUGUUUCCUUCUAAAUCAAUCUCGAUACCUCAACGACACAUAAACCGUCGACCUAUCUCUCUUUAACUACUAAACUAACUUAUCUGAAAAAUGUAUUCUACAACUGCUACUUAUCAACCUAGUGUAUUUGGCUUGGACACUUCUGGAGUUAAUGCCAAUGCUGCUGCUACCGGUGUUGCUGCAACAUCAACAUCUCGUUUAAUUCCCAGCAUUCAUUUUGAUCAACAUUGCUUAAACUCUACAGACAGUUACUCUGCUGAGCGACGUGACAGUAUUGACUACAGUCGUCGACCAAGCUACAACUUUUCAGGUUUAUUGAUCGGCAAUCCUCAAAGUGAAGCAAGUUAUUCUGAUCAUGAACAGCAAACUCCUAGUCCAUUCAAUAGUUAUGAAGACUAUCAUCAUGUUCAUCAGCAUCCUUACCAUCAACAACAGCAAGUCUACUCUCACCCUUUGGAUAGUAAGCGCCGAUUAAGUACACUAGUCGAGUUGAAUCAUCAACCUCAUGACUAUGCUUCCUUUGAGCAUCAACCUACGCCUACGGCUUCUAUUAACGCUCAUAGUACCACGGCCACUACUGAUUUCGGUUAUACUGCGGUUAUUCAUCCUUGGUUUAAUGCUUCCAAUACCAGUUCAGCUAGUCUUUCCGCAAGCUCUUCUACUACGACUUCUCAAAGUGACAACUCCAAUAGUUACAACAGCUCUAACAGUAGACUUUCACCUAUGGUUUACGCCAAUCCUGCUGUUGACAUGUAUUCACCACAAACCUAUUUGAAUAAUAAUGCUGCUUCUAUCUGUCAAGGACAGCAGCAACAGCAACAACAAUAUCAUUCUCUUUUCAAUCCAAUGAUGAAUAUGAUGGAGAACACUGCCACAGAUGACGUUGCCUUCCGUGAACGUGCUGCAUCUUAUGUUUCUCUAUUGUCGUCGUCAUCUACUACUUCAGCUAUGAAUGAAGUUCACGCACCCAUGACAGCUACAAAUUUGACACAUAAUAUGGAACCCUUAGAUAACAUCACUGCACCCACAAUAAAUAGCCCUACAACCGCCGCAAAAGGUCGUCGCGGCAAGGGCGCCAACAAAGGCGCCACUGGCAAUAAACCUGCACGCUCGCGUGGCCGAAGAGUCUCCAACUCACCCACUGUGGCUGGUCAAAAAGUCUUUACUUGCAAUUAUGAUGACUGUGGCAAAGUCUUUAAAAGGUCCGAACAUUUAAAGCGUCAUAUUCGUUCUAUUCACACUUUAGAAAAGCCUUUUGAAUGUCCUUAUCAAACGUGUUCGAAAAGAUUUUCAAGAUCUGACAAUUUAAAUCAACAUAUUCGUAUUCAUCGCCAUACUGGAAAGGACAAGAGCACUAACAAUGGUACGAACAGCAAAAGCAAUGCCAAUCAUAGCUCUACACCCGCUUCAACAUCAACCACUACUACUACUGCAGCAACCUUUAUGCCCGCAUCCUUUUAACAAAAAAAAAAAAAAAAAAAAAAAAAAAAAGGACCUAAAAAGCUUUUCGUCAC